AUGGAAGAAAUUCAUGAAACUGCAAAAGCUUAUUACAACAAUCUAACAGAAGACCAAAAGGAUGGUGCCAAUAAAAUGUUCCAAUCAAUGGAUUUGAAUGGAGAUGGGAGUGUAAGCCUGAGUGAGUACCUUGAGAUAUUGGGGAAGAAGGGCUAUAAAUCCUGCAACAACCCCAACUUCUUCAUGGAGCUUGACAGAAAUGGUGAUGGAAAUCUUGAUUUCGAAGAGUUCCUGAGCUUAUACUAUCUUAUUAAGAGUGAGAGACUGCUCUUCUGCGAUGGCCAUGGAUGUGGAGCGUUUCUCAAAGGACUCUACUUCACUUGUGCUCGCUGUUUCCAACGCGAAAUGAACUCUUUCGAUCUCUGCUCUUCCUGCUUCAACGGCAAGAAAUUUCGCCAUAAUCAUGCUACCUUUCUGGAUAAUUUUGCCUUGCUGCGUUGCAUGGCUACAGGAUAUAGAGUAAGAGCAUUUUGA